AUUAGCAUGUAACACAUUUUGCUCGUACUCUAAAAAAAACAACAUUGAUAUUUUUUACGAGCCGAAAAAUGUCUUUUUUACUGAGAAAUAUUCGUUCGCCAAUAAAUCAAAUCAAUUCACUUUUUAAAUCGUCACUAACUAGUGGUGCUCUCAAUCAAAACAUCGCUCGUUUUCACAUUUCACCUGCAAAUCAAAAACUACUGGAUUUUUUCGAUGACAACAAAAACUGGGGCGAAAACGAAGUCAAACACGGUCGAGCAUGGCUAAAACCCGAAUUGCGAAUAAAAUCAAACGCUGAUCUUCAUAAAUUAUGGUAUAUUUUGCUAAAAGAACGUAAUAUGCUGAUGACCAUGGAACAUGAAUGUGACCGACUUGGUCGAUUUUUUCCGAGUCCCGAGAGAAGGGAUAAAGUCAAAAUUAGCAUGGAAAAUCUCGAAUCCGUUAUUCAAGAAAGAAAUAAAGCAUAUUACGAAUUGGAGGUAGGAGAACCUGUUUAUAUUCGAGAAAACCAAGAAAUUUCGACAGAGCUUGGAGUCACUGCUGAAUAUCUAACAAAGGAGCAUACGAUAGAAAAAGCACAGAAUGAGGAAUGGAAAAAGGGUCGAAGGUUUCAUGGAAGUCAUGCGGUUUCCAAAUUUUUACGAUACUAUCGAGAGAAAUAUGUUUUGGAAAAAUACAGAGCCAAGAAUCGCGAUAGAAAUGAAGUUAUUAAACUAUUGAAUCGUUUUCCGAAUAUUGAUAGAAAUUUAUUGCGAGAGAGGUUUAAUGUCGAUGUUGAUAAAAUUAUAAAACAAAAUGCUGCUCGAGGGCAUCAUAUUCAAAAAGUAGAGUCAAUCGACAAUUAAUUUGAAUCGACUUUUAUUUAGAGAGAAUAAAAAUUAACCAAAAUUAAAUAAUUGUGUUGAUUUUUGACUAAAAAUUAAUUUGUUUUAAUCUGCAACAACUUAUAAAGUUAAAAUUAUUUGAAUUGAGCGAAUAAUUUUAAUAUUUUCAUUUUUUGUCCCGGGGGAAAUAAAAAAAUA